AAACGUCCUGACGCUGACGGUCCCGAAAAGACGUGCGCGCACACGCGAGUUCCAAACAACGAAAGGCACGACGUGGGGCGAGCAUCCGUGUCUUCAAGACGACAGCGAGCGAAGCGGUCGUAUCUGUUUGUAGUAGUACGGCAUCACUGGACAUGGCUGUUGGAUAAAUAACUUUUUUGGCGAUUUAACAAACUAGUGAGCUGGUUUUCCACUUCGGUAGCUUCAGCUUCAUAAAUUUGGGAAUAAACCGAGAAGAGGAGGCAAGUACAGCAGGCCAAGCCUACGAUAGGAAGAAAGAAGGGGCUGGAGGAAGCGGGCGAUGAACGUCGACGCUCAGUCGAGCCUCUCAGGAAACGUCGGGGGACGGGCUGCGAAGGCCGACGGGGAUUGGCCAUGCACUUUGUAAAAGCUGAUUUCGGGGACUAAUGUAUCAGUGGCGGAGAGAUGCGAGAGGCAUUGAGCCGGGGGUAUGAGGAGCACCUGUCAGGAAUAGUAUAUUUGCCAUUGUGAGGAGCAGUGCCGAGGACCGACUUUACGUGCUACAAAGACUAUGUGGCGUUUUGUGUUUCAAGGAGACAAGCUGAUGCUAAAGUCUGUUCUUUGUUGUCGAGUAGAGAGGGCACAUUAUCCCAGGGAUAGAGUGUUCCUCCAUCAGGUUAAAGUUUAACUUGGCACAUAUAGCCUCUGAAUCUGAAUCGAAGCAUCUCUAUCCUCUGUUUUGUGUUUAACUGCUCUACUGGCCACUUACGUGGGACAUGAAGGACUUUCUGCAGCGGCGGUUGUUUUUUGUAUUUGAGAAGUAAUGUUUGUGUAUUGACUUCUUAAUUAGUACCUUUGCAGGUGUUGUUGAACGGUGUUUAGUCAAUCACUGUGAAAAUAAGUGUAAGCGGAGAGAUAAUGCAAGAUCAUUCACACUCAUGGGAUGGCAAACAUAUAGGUAGAGGCUGAUGUUUACUAUGGUAUUUAAAGCAAUAGUGUGUAUUAAGGAGAUUUAUGCAUUUAUUAUUUACCCGGCACCUCUCUUCCUCUGCUCACCUCAGCCUGCGGGGAACAAUCCUAAGUAUAGCCAUAUCACGGUUGUUGCCUUUUCUCAGCUUGAAGGUUUUACCAAAAAUCCAACAAAUACGAGUUCCGUAUUGACUGUAACGUGUAAGAAGACUAAUAAUGAGAGACUGCGAAUACCAGCAGAUCGACCCCCAGACGCUUACAGUGCCCUCAGUGCCAGCCGUCGCAGUGCCCAGCAUAACGUCCCCCACGUCUUCAGACGUGCUGCGCCCCCAGAAGUCCACACACAAGCUCCGAAGGAAAUGGGAAGUGUUCCCAGGAAGGAACCGCUUCUACUGCGACGGCAGAAUCAUCCUCGCUCGACAGAGUGGUGUGUUACCCCUCACGUUAGGCCUUGUUUUGCUCACCAGUGGCCUCUUCUUUAUCUUUGACUGUCCAUUUUUGGUGGAGCACCUUACAAGAACCAUCCCUGCAAUCGGUGGGAUUUUGUUCUUUUUUGUUGUGAUAUCCUUGCUGCAGACAAGCUUCAGUGAUCCUGGUAUAUUGCCUAGAGCUACACCAGAUGAAGCAGCAGAUGUGGAAAAACAUAUUGAUAACUCAGGUUCUUCAACGUACCGUCCUCCUCCAAGAACAAAAGAAGUUGUGAUAAAUGAUCAAGUUGUGAAGUUAAAAUACUGUUUUACAUGUAAAAUGUUCAGACCUCCCCGCACCUCUCACUGCAGCCUAUGUGACAACUGUGUUGAGCGAUUUGAUCACCACUGUCCUUGGGUUGGAAACUGUGUUGGGAGAAGGAAUUAUAGAUUUUUUUAUACCUUCAUUCUUUCACUUUCAUUUUUAACAGCAUUCAUUUUUGGCUGUGUAAUAACUCAUCUCACACUACGAUCACAACAGCAUGGGCUUGUUAGAGCUCUCCAAGACAGUCCUGCAAGUGUUGUGGAGCUAGUCAUUUGCUUUUUCUCAGUUUGGUCUAUUUUAGGCCUCUCAGGGUUUCACACUUACCUGGUUGCAUCUAAUUUGACCACUAACGAAGAUAUUAAGGGCUCAUGGUCAACUAAGCGUGGAGUGGAGGAAUCUGGUAAUCCCUAUAGUUACAAUAGUAUUAUUUCAAACUGCUGUGCAGUGCUUUGUGGCCCAAUGCCACCAAGCUUAAUUGACCGAAGAGGUUUUGUCGAGGUGGAAACACUAGCUUCUCAAGCAGAGGUUCCUUCCAUGGUGACGAAAAAUGAUCCUAAUAUGGAUACGAAGGUCCCUUCAGACUCCACCACACUUCCUUGGUUUGUGGUUGGCCAGCACACACUGAGGAGUGUUCAGGCCAUGCCUGAUACCUUAACUGGUUGUACUGAAGAUGCCUCCAGAAUUCAAGAUUUUGCUUCUCCUAGACAGCCAAAUAUGGCUAGUUUUUCUCCCAGUUGGAAGAAGACAAGCAACAAAACAGUCACAUAUAUGUGGAGGGCACAGAAAGGGCCCUUUUCAUUGAACUCUUUUGGUGCCCUUUGCUCCACUACAUGCACUUUUAAAUGGGACAGUACCUGAGGUGGACAUUCAUUAGCCAAACUGUAUGUAGGACUUACGAAGGAGCCUGGCUGUCAUUUUCCUGUGGGAGGUUUUCAGAAAAUCACUCUCAUUGUAUUUCAUUGCAGAGCCACUUGGACUUGUGGGAAUCCUAAGUGUGUAACAGAUGGCUAAAUAAAAAAUCCUUGUUUUGAUUCAGAAGCUAAA